AUGAAACUUUCAUUGGCAAAUUUAUUUUCGCUUCUUAUAAUUUCUAUUGGAAUCACGAAGGUUAAUGCAAAGCAUGAUAGUGUAAAGGCAGCACCAUAUUCAAGAUCUGGAUUGUCUGGCAGAACAUUAUCGGCAUGUUCCCUGGUGGUUGGAGUUACUGCUACCUUUUGUGAUCAAAGUUCACCGUAUGCGAGAAUGUGUUACUGUGUGGAUCCAAAUGCUUUAGCUACUAUCGCAGGCUGCUACCACUUAGCGAACAGGGUCUCGCAGGAGACGGUUGAAGGAUUAAGCGAGAGUUGUGCAGAGCUUAAAAGAACCAUUACUUUGGAUGAUUUUGAAGCAGCAUACAAAAACUACACUUCCCUUGCCAAAGAGACGAGUGAUAUCAAGAACUUCAAUGCAACUAUUCCUGUGGAUGUUCCAGUUAAAUUAAAUUCAUCAUCAGUCAAGUUAUAUAUAGAUGCUUAUGACCAAUUCUUGGGUAAUUAUGAUGAUUCGUUAUAUUACGGCUCGGGUGUUCUUGGUUAUUGGGCACUUGUCUUCUUAAUUGUUACAGUUGUAAACUGGACCAAAAUAAUAUCCCCUGG